UUUGUUUUGCGGGAGGCAUCGUAUUCAUCUUUCAAGCUCCAAACCGCUGCAUUUUUCUUGGUGGGGUGGUGAAAGCUUAUGGGGAGACACGGAGGAGGUUACCCUGCUUAGCCUUCAGACCCUUCAUACAAUGAGAGUGAGGCACAAGGUUCUCCGCCCACCUCCCGCUGAAGUGACCAACAGCAACCUUUCUGAAGGAGCUGCUGUGUGGAAUGUCCUGGACACGUUCCCUUGGAGUGACUGUCAUUUGGAAGCGGGCCUCUUUGGAAGGAACGAUUUGGGUCAAUCAAUUGAACUAGGAACAUCGGAUCAUCUAUGGAGUCAGUAGAAAUUCUUUCCGGCAUAUUAGGAAAGGAGACUAAGCCUGGCUUCUUCGAUGGCCAAGGGACUUGUAUCUUCCACCGUGUCCAGGCCUUGGGGUGCUGCACCAGCUCUCCUCACUUAUGCUUACAGUGCUGUGGCAGCCGUGCCCCCCGGGGCUGCCCGCCUUUCGCUCCUCUGCAGAAAGAUCAACAUGGAGAUCCCCCAAAGAGGAGAGGGGGAAUACUACGCCACGAGGGAGUAACAGAACCGAUCCUCACUUUGUGAAGAGGAAGAGAGGAUAAAGAGCUUUGACGGUGGGAGCAGGAUUGGGAGGGGCGGGGGUUGUUAAGUGAGGAAUGAGAUACCAUUUAACCAAAGGAAAAGCAGGAAACGCCUUGAAGGGCAAUUGGCCCCACCAGCUCAUAUGGAAUCUGCCCUGCAACUCGCGCGUCUGGGCACGUAGGCACGGGUGUGCAGCGAUCACUCCCACUGCAGCCCAGGUCCUUAUCAGCGGCAUUCACAGAUCUGUAGUGGCCCGGCGGCGUGGGCUUGGGGAGAGCUGGAGGAGGUGGGGGGACCAUCCCGCCUCUCCGUGAGGGCGGAGGUGGGGAAUCUAAGAAGAUUGGCACCCCGAUGCGCCCCUCCUCCCGGCGGCUCUCCUCUCCAACCCAGUCCUAGAAGGAGACACAGGCCGGUGGCCACCUGCCAAGUCAGGCUUGGGCGGCGAGGGAGGAGGGGCAGGGGCCCCGGGAGGUGGCCUUUGCGAUACCGGGGCCACUCCUGCCGACUCUGGCCGCGCGGGCGCGAGCUGGCUGUACAAAAGGCCCCGGCGGGGCAGGGCGGGCCUGCGGCGGGAGGUGGGCUCUAACCCCCCACCUGUUGCGGGGCGCUGCGGGCUGCAGAGAUGGGCCGCUACUCCGGCAAGACGUGCCGGCUGCUGUUCAUGUUGGUGCUCACCGUGGCCUUCUUCGUGGCGGAGCUGGUGUCGGGGUACCUGGGCAACUCCAUCGCGCUGCUCUCGGACUCGUUCAACAUGCUGUCUGACCUGAUCUCCCUGUGCGUGGGCCUGGGCUCGGGCUACAUCGCGCGGCGUGGUACCCGCGGCUCCGGCGCCACCUACGGCUAUGCUCGGGCCGAGGUGGUGGGCGCGCUCAGCAACGCGGUCUUCCUCACCGCGCUCUGCUUCACCAUCUUCGUGGAGGCCGUGCUGCGCCUCGCGAGGCCCGAGCGCAUCGACGAUCCCGAGCUGGUGCUCAUCGUGGGCACCCUGGGGCUGGCAGUCAACGUGGUGGGGCUGCUCAUCUUCCAGGACUGCGGAGCCUGCUUUGCGGUCUGCACGCGGCGGCGGCGCCGGACCCGUCCUCCGCCACCGCCGCCCCAGGGGGACCCUUGCGGCGCUUUGGGGAGCCCCCAAGGGGCUGCGGCAGCCACAGCCCCCGGCUCAGAUGCAGUAGUGACUCUCCGGGGGGCCUCGGCCGGAAGAAAGCUGCAGGAGGGCGCGACCGUGUUCUCGAAUGUAGCAGGUGAUUCCCUGAACACCCAGAAUGAGCCAGAGGAGACGACGAAAAAAGAGAAAAAGUCUGAAGCACUGAACAUCAGAGGUGUUCUCUUGCAUGUGAUGGGAGAUGCCUUGGGGUCCGUGGUCGUGGUCAUCACGGCCAUCAUAUUCUAUGUCCAUCCCCUGAGACGCGAAGACCCGUGUAACUGGCAGUGCUACAUUGACCCCAGCUUGACUGUUAUCAUGGUCAUCAUUAUCUUGUCAUCUGCUUUCCCACUGAUCAAGGAGACUGCUGUCAUCCUGUUGCAGAUGGUCCCCAAAGGAGUUAACAUGGAAGAGCUGAUGAGCAAGCUCUCUAGCGUGCCUGGAAUUAGCAGUGUUCACGAAGUGCACAUCUGGGAACUGAUAAGUGGGAAGAUCAUCGCUACCCUGCAUGUCAAGUACCAGAAGGGCGCGGAGUACCAGGAUGCCAGCAGAAAAAUCCGAGAGAUCUUUCACCAUGCUGGAAUCCACAGUGUGACCGUCCAGUUCGAAAUGGUGGACUUGAAGGAAGCCCUGGAGCAGAAGGACUUCUUGCUGACCUGCAGUGUCCCCUGCAUCUCCCAGAGCUGUGCCAAGAAACUGUGCUGUCCCCCGGGGACGCUGCCCCUGGCUCUCGUUAAUGGCUGUGCAGAACACAAUGGUGGACCCCAUCUAGAUGCUCAGGAGGUGGCCAUUGAUAUGGCUUCAGAUGGCUGUCCGAGGGAACAGGGACAGACUCUUGGCAAGACUCAAGAGGAACAUCAUUGUGAAAACAGUACUCAUUUUUAGUGGGUUUCCACACAAAACCAGACUGACUGGACAGGCACUUUGGGUCGCCAGCUCUGCUUGUGGAAAGAGCUUUGUUGGUGUGUACCCUGUCAGUAGGGAUCAGAUGUUUGGGAUGUUCGUGGAACAAGCCUGCUGAUUUUCAUGCGGUCACCCCUUUCCAUUACCCUGGGCGUCUCAUGCUUCCCUGCGACAAUUUUAGUGUGAACGUGGGUUUCCUCAAGCAGACUUCACUAGCGUGUGUAUCAGGGAUGUUGAAGGCUGGGACUCAGUAACUAUGGCACAGGACUGAAAGUCAGUCUUGUCUAGUGGUGCUGGGGAAUUGAACAGAGGGCUCAUGUGUGCUAAGGAACUGCUCUGUUACAGAGAUGCACUAUGGCCCUUGUUUUCAAACUGUUUAGAAUUUCUAGCUGACUCUCAAAUGAGCUCAAAGCUUAAAUGAGUAGGAAAAAAAUUGAGGCACAUGAACUAUAUUUUCCUCUCUUCCCCUCAAAGAUCAUAAAAGAUGGAAGUCGGCUAUCUGUGGCACUUCAGAAAUAUAUAUUGUUAGGUCCAUUCUUGGACCAUGAGAAACAGACACCUAAUAAAAAAUACAAAAUGCUUAGUUGUUAAGGUGGACAAACAGAAAGCCUCUUAAGGCAGAAAAUGCUCUCAACACAUUAGAGGAGGUAGACUUUACUGGCGUGGAGGGGAAAAUAGGUUCUAGACCAUCUCUUCAUUCUGUGAGGUGUAAGGUGGCUACCGUUUACUUUCUGCUGAGAGCUAAGCUGAGCUGUGAUGUGUUGCUGAUGUUUAAUCAUGUAACACAUUCAUUACACUCAGAAGUGUGGGGACAGACUUCUACUUUCUUAUUUACUUAUUUACCAUUUCUGAGUGUCUCCAGGUAGGAUUGUUGGCGCUUAUUGUUCUGAUAAUGAUUUUCUUGUCCAGAUUUCCCCACAGUCUUCUCUUUACGAUCACAUUGAUCCAUGUAGUAUUGACCAGGGGGAGAUGAAUAUUCCAGGGACAGGAAAAAUAUUCAUUCCUGCUUAAUGAAUAAGCUAGCCUGCCUUUGCUUUAAUUAGGUAUAUUUUAAAGUAUUUAUUAUAGUUGCCAACUAGUAACUGUAUGGAAAAGUUGUAUCCAAUCGAGAAAUGAAAAGUAAUUUGAUUGCUGCUUUUAAUGUGUUUGAUGGCACUUAGAGUUUUAUGUCUGUGACCCAUGUUACCAAGUUCAAAUAAAUUGUUUAUGAUUUGAUUCAGACACAUAACAGAACUGUAUUGGUAGGAGAAAGUGCAGAAAUGUCUGUCAUGUGUUUAACACCUUACCUUGUUUGGGCAUCCUUGUUUAAUCAAAGCCUCAUAGGUAUGACGUGGGAUGCCUGACUGAGGGAGCCAGCAUGGAGUUUGAGCAGCUCCAAGGCUGAUGGAAAGUUAUCUUGUCCUAGGCUGUCAGCUUUGGCCGUAUUGAGAAACUACACAGGACUCAUCAGAAGUGGGAAUGGUCACAGAAAUGGCACCCAGAGUUUUCAGUGCAAACACCAUUUUAAAGAAACCGUCUUUCCUGGGUGUAGUGGCAUAUGCCUGUAGCCCCAGCUACUCAGGAAGUUGAGGAAGGAGAGUCACUUGAACCUGCGAGUCCAGGCAAAAUAGUGAGACUCAGUUUUUUGUUUGUUUGCUUGUUCUUUAGCUAUUAGUCUUAAAUUUGGAGGUUGUUGGGCAGCUAUGGUCAGGAAUAUAGGAACUUCUUUGUUCCUUUUAAGUUGGUUAGAUCAAUCAUCCUUAAGUAAAUAGAAAACUAUCUAAAACCUUUCUAAUUACUAGAAGUUUUUGUGUUAGAUAUAUGCACUUUAUAAGCUGGAGCAAAGACAAAAUUUCUACUUUGGGCAUCAAAUGUAACAGACUAGUGGAUUCCCUAGGAACCCAGCAUGGUGAUGUGUGAGCAAAUUCCUCCACAUAAACACUGUUUAAUGCCUUAGUUGAAGCCAAAAUAGAAAUUUGUCUCUAACUUAAAAAUCUGAAUUCAUAUCACUGCCUUAUUAUUAAAGGAGAAACUAAAAUUUUACAGCUUUCCUGCUACUAGCUAAAGGAAUGUAUUCUAGUUUGCAUGUAAAUAACAAUCUUUAAUCUCUGAAGUAUUUUUCUGGAAAGAAAAUACAUUUAAUUCUGACAUAAUUAAACAUAACCUGAGAAAAUUGAUCUUGAUUGAUGCUUGCAUAGCAAAUUAUAGACAGAAGCCAGUAUGAUAUAUGGCUUUUUGAAGACAGCCAAAGUACAUUUAAUAAUGUGCAAACAAGUCAAGAGGAUGCAAUGUUUCUGCUACAUGAUUGUAUUCAACACCGCCAGCCCUGGAUGUGUGGUAUUUUUGCUUAGGGUUUCCUGGACCAUUGAUUGUCUUUUUUUUUUUAUUCUCUGAGGGCAGUGCAUGAUAUUUUCCCCUCCUGAAUCAGCAAUCAGAUAUGCAUCUGGUGGACAAGACAACACACUUUCUUUGAGCUUAGGCAAACGGUGACACUCAGUUCGUGUUCCUGCAUGCUUCGGUUGCUCCUAGAACCCCGAGCUCCAGCCCUCCUGCCUGCCCUUCCUUCCAUCCUGCUUGUCUUCUUCAUUUCCCCACUAACGUGGUGGUGACCAACCAAUGUCAGGGCCUCCAAGGUUUCCAGGCAAACGCUCGACUCUUGAGCUAUAGCCCCAGCCUCACAGACUUCUUUAUAACAUUCAUUACACCCUCUGCGGGGCGUCAGGACUAGGUGUCCUGCGUGCCAACUUGUCCUCUAUCCUUCGGGUAUUUUCCUUGCUCUCUUGUCUUUGGUUCUCUAUGGAUAACACAUCACUUCCUUCCAGCACUUCAGCGCCAGUUAUAGGAACCGAUCCCUUUGUUUCAUUUCCUAUCUUCUAAUCUCAGUUUUAAAAAUUGGGAUCUUUGUUUCUUGACAUUUGGUUAUUCAAACACCCACAGGGCUGCCAAUUGCCAUUGCGCGUGUGCGCACAUGCCCUAUAAAUUAGGCACUCGAAGAUUCAAUGGAGUGCGUGAUUGUCUUUGUCAGGGUGUCUCCACCUUGACACGCUGGCGUUCUGAGUUGGGUGUUUUAGACCAUAUUAGGUAUUGCAUGUUAUUUAGUGGCAACAUUGGCUUCUAAUCCCAGAUCCCAAAUCAUCUCCCCAACCUAUGACAACUCAGAAUUCCUCUAGACAUCCCUGGGGAGAAGUUUUGUGUCCCUUCCUACUUCUCAACUACUAGCUGUAACUGUGUUUGAACAGUAUUGAUGGACCCUUCCCCACCCCAAGUCCAACAAUGUUUUUAGUAUCAUCCAUUCCGCAGGAUUCACUACCCUGUAUCCCAGAUUGGCCCCAAACUCUCCAUCCCACAGCCUCAGCCUCCUGAAUCCAGGGGUUAUAGGCAUUCACCACCACUCUUGGAUUAGGAUUCACUGUUUACAAGCAAUAUUUUAAAAAGUAUUUCAUUUGUUGUGCCGAGGCUAGAAACCAGCCAGAGCCUUGCUACGUGGGCAUCCACUCAAUGGCUGAACCACCCCAAGAGCCAAGCAUGUGGUAACCCAAGCCAAGCAGUUCAAGUUAGCCUCAGUGAGUUUGAGGCUAGCCUUUCUCCAUGAGGUUUCAGUUUGGUCACACUUUGAUUUGGGUUUUGCAUUCCAUUAGAGAUCACGGGCUGACGUGUGCCUUCUCUAUCGCCCUGUCCUUGCGUGACCUUGUCACCUUUUUGUGCUUCUGAGCUUAUUUCCAGCCGAGUGACCUUGAGUGGGAACAAGGUUAUCAAGCCAGCCAGGAAAGGAGUUUCUUAAACCGAACUUGUGCCAGACAAGAAUCCUCAAUGUAUAAAAUGUUCUUAGAAUGUGGAGCAGCUCUGUUGUUUUCCGACACUUCCUCUCCCCUAAUCACCCCACCCCCACCCCAGACCUUUCUUAUUUACAUGGAACUUUCUUUGCUAAGCUUCGGGCCAGGCACUGAACCUACUCUGAAAUGUAAUGAGUAUAAUCUAGAAAAAAAAAAAAAUGAUUGUCAAGGGAGAGCCAUCCCUUCUGGAGGCCUGAGGUUAUGUUACAGUAUUGUGGAGUUUUGUUGCUUAAAAUCCUCCUUUUAUUCUCAAGGGCACGUCUGCCAACGUGUAACUGUCACAUUUCGGGGGGGUGGGGGAAUUGUUAAAAGGUUAAGGUGAAGAGUUUCAGUAACUCCUUGCUAAUUGCACGUGAAUCCCCCACAACGAUGUACAUAUACUUACCUGUUGCAGGUGAAAAAUGUUCAAUGGUGCUGUAAAUGAAAUGUUUUUGUGGAAUUAAACAGACAACUUGAAGCAGCUGAA